AUGUCGACAGCAGUAAGAUUAAUAAUGAAAGAAUGGAAAGCUUUUGAAUACAAUGCACCUGAUUAUAUAUUUGCUGGACCAAUGAAGAAUGAUAUAUUCCAUUGGCAUGCAAUAAUUAUAGGUCCACCUGAUACGCCGUUUGCAGAUGGUAUAUUCAAUCUCGAUAUUAUUUAUUCUUAUGAACAUCCAUUCAAACCUCCAAAAUGUACAAUGAAAACAAAAAUGUUUCAUCCAAAUAUUUCUUCAACUGGUAAGAUAUCUAUUAGCAUUUUAGAAGAUGACUGGCGUCCGGUAUUUACGAUUGAAAAGAUUUUACUUUCUAUAUCAUCCAUUCUUGAUACUCCUAUCAUGGACCAUCCUAUCAAUCGUAAAGCUGCGCGAUGCUUUAGAGAAAAUCGUAACACAUAUAAUUCAAUUGUUCGAAAAUAUACAUCUAAAUAUGCCAAUGGAUCUUCUACUGAUAGUGAUAAUGAACAAGAUCUUCUUCCAGAGAUGUUACAUACAGAUACUGAUAGUGAAAAUGAGCAAGAUCUUCCUCCAGAGAUAUUACAUACAGAAACAAAUAAUUCUCUGUUUGAUUUUUUAUGUUUUAUUCUGAUUUUUUUGGGUAUAUUAGAUCUUAUUCUUGAUUUUUAUACAUUUUUCAAAUAA